AUGUCGGUUUUGUAUAAUCUGAGAAUCCGCAAACUAGUGAAUAACACGUUGUGCCCAGUGUGCAAAAGAGAGGAGGAGACAGUGAGCCAUAUCGUCCGGGAUUGUUCUUUUACUCGACAAGUCUCACGGGAGCUGGGAUGUAGUUCCUCAACAUGCAACAGGGAAACAAAUUGGAACUUUUGGUUAGCGUCGGUAUUUGAACAUCUUACCGAAGAGGAGUGCACAAAAAGAACUAUUCUUUUAUGGGCUAUUUGGCAUAACAGAAACAAAAUGUAUCAUGAGGGAUGUAAGGCUCAAGUGCAUGAAGCCGUGGGAUUUAUUAAUGCAUAUUAUGCAGAAAUUGUACACAAGAGUGAAGUGUUGAAAAGCAGAAAUGAGAUUUGCAAUAAAACAUUGCAGCCACCUAGAGGAGACAGAAUAAAAAUCAAUUUUGAUGCAGUUUUCAACAAUAGUCAACACAAAUCAGUUUCUGGAAUCAUCGCAAGAAACAAUGAUGGAAAGGUUAUGGCUUCGUGCACUUACCUAGGUGUGAAUAUGGCCGAUCCAACUACGACCGAGGCUAGAUCGUGUUUACAGGCAGUCAACAUGGCAGAGGAACUGGGAUUUCAAGAGGUAGAUGUUGAGGGUGACGUGUUGACAGUUAUUUGA